AUGUCGGCUGUGUCUGAUUCGGCUGUGAUUUCGUCUCUGUCUCAUAUCUCUUUUCCGAUUCAAUCGUCUGCAACCUCUUCUGCUUUGUUCUUUGGUCUGACCACUGUUCUUAACGCUCUUCGCUUCUGCUCAAAGCAGAGGUUUAUUCUUGAGGUCCCAUCGAUUUCCAUGGGCUUAAGACCUAAAAGAGAUUUUGUGUGGGGCUUUUGCGGUUUGAAGAAGUGUGAAUCAGAUAUGAAGCCCAAUAGAAAAGUUUUGUUGAGAAAAGUCCGUAUUAUUGUCAAUGACCCUUAUGCGACUGAUGAUUCCUCUGGCGAUGAAUGGAUCGAGUUACCUAAACCUCCAAAGGUAAAGCGUAUUGUUCAUGAGAUUACUGUCCCCUUUCAGCUCUCUGUGAGUUCUCAGGAUCGUUGCGGAACCACUAGAAAGAGAGCUCCUAGGCAAUCUAACAAUCCUGUGGGAGUUAGGCUGAGGCAAUCUAGCAAUCCUGUGGGGGUUAGGCUGAGGCAAUCAGGCAAAUGGGCUGCUGAGAUUAAAAACCCAAUCACUAGAACUAAGAAAUGGUUGGGUACUUUUGAAACUCGUGAAGAAGCUGAGAAGGCGUAUGCUGACAAGAAACUUGAGUAUGAUGCAUUGGCCUCCUCUUCAUGGCCUGUUGUUUCCACAUCGGUUGUAUCAGUGAGUAGUCAGUGCUUGCGUUCUCCUUCUGCAUCUGCUCCUUGUGCCAGUGUCGAUGAUUUGUCGAAAGAAAAGGUCAAAGAUGCAUACGCUGCUUCUGGUGAUUCAACCAAGGAAAUGUUCUUCAAUUUCGACUUUUCGGAUCUGCAAAUCCCUGAUCUGAGCUUCUUAGCAACAGAAGAGGAGUCUAUGGUUUCUAGCGCAAAUGGCGAGGACCUAGACUUUGAUUCUUUCCUUAUGGAUGAGGACUCGGCUCAUCUGCUGGAUGAUUUCUCUUUACUCGAUAAUGAUAUCAACAUUGACGGGUUUGAAAACAGUGUUCCAAGUGAGCUACCUGACUAUGAUUUCACAGAUGGGGAACUCGAGCUUGGUGAUUCGACCAAGUUUGCCUUUGCAGAUCAACUGGCACCGCCUCUCAAUGUCGCUUACCCCUGA